AUGCCGCCACCCACCUUCACCAUCACCCCCGUCAGCACCCCAGCAGACCUCUCAGCAAUCGCAACCCUCUUCAACUCCUACGCCACCGCCCUACAAAUCGACCUAACCUUCCAAUCCUUCGCCUCAGAACUCGCAAACCUCCCCGGAGCCUACUCUCCUCCCCGCAGAGGCGCGCUGCUCCUCGCGCGGGAAACGGGUACCGGAGCCGCGAUGGGGUGUGUAGCGCUUCGUGCGCUCGGGGACGCGAACUGCAACACCGCCUUCGACUGCGCCGAGAUGAAGCGGCUUUAUGUUGCGCCUGCGGGCCGGGGACGCGGGGUGGGCAAGGCGCUGGCGGAAGCGGUGGUGAGCGAGGCGAAGGGGCUAGGGUAUGAGGCUGUGAGACUUGAUACGUUGCCUAACAUGCAUGCUGCGAGGGCGGUGUAUGAGGGGAUGGGUUUUAGGGAGAUUGAAGGGUACUAUGCGACGCCGAUUGAGGGGACGAUUUUUUUGGAGUUGAAGCUAAGGUGA